AUGUCGCCGCUGCAGCAGCGUUUAGAAGAGCACAGGAUGUCGAGUAGCCUGCAGGAGAACGUCGUCGAGGCGGUGGAGACCGAUGAUACCCCAACUCCUACUCUCACCCCUAACCCCAACCCAGACUCGGCCUCCGCGAGCAAGAACGGAGAAAAGCCCAGACCGCCCGCGGUGUGCCCUGUGCGCGCCAGUCGCGUAGCUGCUUUCCGGAGUCUGAAGGAAGUUCCAGAAUCUAUUGCUGGGCUCCAGGAAUAUUAUUGUAAUCUGUGUUUGGAAAACUCCAAGAAAAUAAAUCCUUAUAUAUUGCAUGUACUCCAAGAAGUGGAUGAAGAUAUUAAAAAGGGAUUGGAAAAAAGAAUCACCUUAAACAUCGCGGGUAACAAUAGAUUAAUCCCAGUAGAAAGAGUAACAGAUGAAGAUUUUGGGAUUCUUUCCCAAAUUUUAGAGAGUUGCCCAUAUAUUAAUGGUUUGGAUGUGAGAUAUAACGUUCUAAGUGAUGCUGGUGCAUACUAUGCUGCAAACCUGCUUCAGACACAGAGGUAUCUCAUUUACUUAAAUCUUAUGUUUAAUGAUAUUGGACCUGAAGGUGGAGAAUUGAUUGCUAAAGCACUUCAUAAGAAUACAACUUUGAAAUACCUGCGAAUGACUGGAAAUAAGAUUGAAAAUAAAGGUGGAAUGUUUUUUGCUUCAAUGCUGCAAAUUAAUUCAUCCUUAGAGAAAUUAGAUCUGGGUGACUGUGACCUGGGAAUGCAAAGUGUGAUAGCAUUUGCAACAGUAUUAACUCAAAACCAAGCAAUUAAAGGAAUAAACCUAAACCGACCUAUACUGUACGGGGAACAGGAAGAGUCCACUGUCCAUCUAGGCCACAUGUUGAAAGAAAACCAAUGGCUUGUUGAACUACACAUAUGUAAGCAUGGUAUAAAAAACUGUGGUAUGCAGAAGUUAUGCGAUGCACUGUAUCUGAACAGAAGCCUGCGUUACCUUGAUAUCAGCUGCAAUAAAAUAACUCGUGAUGGAAUGGAGUAUUUGGCUGAUGUUCUGAAAAGCAAUACUACCCUGGAAGUUUUAGAUCUUUCUUUUAACAGAAUAGAAAAUGCAGGAGCAAACUGUCUCAGUGAAACUCUUACUUCUCACAACAGAAGUCUUAAAGUAUUAUCAGUAGUCAGCAACAAUAUAGAGGGAGAAGGACUUGUUGCACUUUCACAGUCAGUGAAAACAAAUCCCACAUUAUCUAAUAUCUACAUUUGGGGAAACAAAUUUGAUGAGGCCACAUGUGUGGCAUAUUCAGAUUUAAUUCAAAUGGGCCAUCUAAAACCAAACAAUACAGAUGUGGAGCCAUAUGUGGUGGAUGGACACGUGUAUCUUGCAGAAGUUUCCAACGGCCUUAAAAAGCAUUAUUACUGGACACCAACUCAUAGAGAUGCUAAUAGCCCCUCAUCUAGUGCAAAUUUUGCUGUGUUGUUUCAGUAGGUCCAUAUUUCUGAAAAGCAAGCUCUAAAAUAGUUUUCAUGUAAUUACUUCUGUUGGAUUUAUGUCCUAUUCUCUUUCAUAAAUUAGGUUACUUUUAUGAAAUGCGUAAAACUUUGUAUAGCUGUCAUUGUGAAAAACUGGGUAAUUUUUUAAAAAAAUUUACAAUAUGAAGAUUAAAAUUUUAGGGCCGGGGACAUA